AUGUUCGAAAUUAGACCACGAAGCGUUCGAGCCUACGGAGAAGCAGUAAAUGAGUACGUCACUCGAAGAAGUCAUCAAAGGCAAGUGGAUUCGGCACAUGUUGCCGAAUUGCAAAGGCGCGAACAGCAAAACAGAGAAGUCAUUGAAAACUCUAAUAUGGAAAACCAAGAUUAUUAUGGUGAGCCACCGAGUGCUUCAAACAUUGCGGCUGAUGAAGACAUUACAUCAAAUCAUGCCCGCAAUCAUGAUGAGUCAACUUCAGACCCCGAACCAUUCAGAAUGUCCGUUUUUGAACGAGCGAUAUAUUAUGCCAUUGAAAUGUACCGGCCAUAUAUUCUUAGCAGUGUCGCAGCCCCACCAAGAGUCUACGCCAAGCAGAGAUCCGCUUUGAGGCAGCUGGCAUCUCCUCAGAAAAAUGAUGAAAGAGUCGAGAAUGAGUUCAACGAAGAAAAUUCCGCAGGGAUAGAAGAGGAGGUUCCUCGAGGGAACGUCUACGAGAGGAAUUUUGGAGAAGAUAUGCUAGGCUUCGGGCACGACGAAUUAAAACCCUGGAUGGAUGUCAAUCUUGAGAAUUCUAAGUGA